UGACGUAGGGAAGUGAACUUUCGAUUGUCGACAUUUUUCACCAAUGCGUCUCUAUCACGCUACAGGCUAUUUCCACACUUCCAGGUGAAAAAGUGGAUCAUGAACUAAGCGACGUAGCGGAAUGCAAGCUCAUUUCAAAUGGAGGACAUUGAUUUUUCCGAUCCGCAUUGGCUUUUGAAUUAUUUUCAUUUUAUUGGAUUGGUCUCAUUUAUUCUGAAUUCUAUUGGAAUUUAUUUCUUGAUGUUUAUGAGCAAUCAGUUGGGAAAAUUUAAGUACUACUUGUUAUUAUUUCAGCUUUCCUGUGUUCUUACGGAUAUCGAUUUUACGAUUCUUGUGCAGCCAAUCCCACUAUUUCCACUGUUUGCAGGACAUAUUUACGGUGUAGUAUUCACAUGGUUCGGUCUUCCAGCAAAUACUGGCGCGGUCACUAUUGCUUUUGUGGCCGCAAUCCAAAUUGAAAGCCUACUCGUGUGUUUUAUGGAGAAACAUCAAGGAAUUGCAAUUCUAUUAAACACGCAUAAAGUACCAAAGUUCAUAUUAAAUUUUCUAUAUUCUAUGUGCUUUAUUCUCCCAAUUGUUAUGUGUGUAUGGGUAAAUUCGCUCAGUCUCAGUCGAGAAGAGGCGCUGGUCUAUAUUAAAGAGGUAUAUCCAAAAGGGUAUUUGCAAUUUUCGAAGCUACCAAAUUUUGUGGUCUACGUGAAAUCUCCGUAUACAACACUACUUAUCUCAGCGCUUUUUAUAGCCGGUAGUUUAGGAUUUGCGUGUCUAUCUCUAUUCAUUUAUGAUGUUGUACGUAUGAUGGCUCACUUGAAGCUUCGAAUCUCAAAACUAACAUAUGAAAUGCACAAUGAAGCGCUUCGAAGUGUGAUCAUACAGUUCAUAACCGCAGUGUUGUGUCUGCUUGGUCCAAGGUUACUGCUUCUAGUCUUAGUUUUUGAAAUUCCAUACAUGAAUUUAAUAUCUGAACUAUUGUUUGCCUGGUUUGCAAGUCAUUCGUCAGUUAACAUGAUUUCUUUAUUCAUAUUCUUUCCGCCAUAUCCCAAGAUUAUCGCAAAGGGUUUGAAGAAAACAAAAGUGAACAUAACUCUUCCAAUUUCUUCAAUGGGACAUUGAAUAUGCAAACUCAGAAUUUGGAGACUUCAUGCUCGCAUUACACAUAGUUGUUUUCUAGUUUUUGUUGUUUUCGUAUAAUAA